UGGGAGGGCCAGGAGUACAAGGAUUGUGUGGGUGCAAUGUUGGGGAGCCAGCGGAAAUAGGCUGACUUACGAGAACCAGCUGCACUCUGCUACCAUAGCCAACUUCCACUUUGCUCCAGACGUUUUCACUUUCAGGGUGUCUGGUUCUGAGUCAAGAUUCCUCCUUCUGGAUGAGGGACUUUCCAGAAGGACCACAGCAGCUUCCCUAUCCAGGAUGUUCUGGAUCUGGGCUGCCACUAGACUUUGCCUGACUCUCGGGUGAGGAUGGAUGUGGUGUCCCUGUGGAGCCUGUUUUUCUGGGGAGCACUGCUGCCCAGAACAGUGACAGCAAUCCAUGUGCAUGGCCGAGUGGGGGGCUCAGCUCUGCUGGUGGCAGAGCACCCCCCUGGCUUCCACAUCCGAGAAGUCAUCUGGAGAUCACUCUGGCCUUCUGAGGAGCUCCUGGCCACCUACUUCCAGGGCUCCCCCGAAACCCUUUACCACUCCCGCUUCCUGGGCCGGACCCAGCUUCACAGCAACCUCAGCCUGGAGCUGCAGCCUCUGCGGGCCGGAGACAGCGGCAACUUCUCUGUGCUGUUGGUGGAUUCGGGGGGCCGGGCCUGGAGCCAGAUGCUGCAACUCCAGGUGUACGAUGCAGUGCCAAGGCCGGUGGUACAAGUGUUUGUCGCUGUUCCAGGGAACACACAGCCCCCUCAGACCUGCCAGGUGUUUCUGUCCUGCAGGGCCUCCAACACCAGUGACAUCACUUAUAGCUGGCAGUGGGAGGGGCCCACGGACAUGGGGGUGGAGCCUUCUGCUCUCUUCAUGGAUGGCAGGGUGCUGAGGGCUUCUCUGGGACCCAGAGACCAGGGCAUGACCUUCUCCUGUAUCGUGUCCAACCCCAUCAGCUGGGACGUGACCACAGUCACCCCCUGGGAAAGCUGCCACCGCCAAGCAGCUCCAGGGGGCACCUCUUAUAAAGACAUGCUGUUGGUGGUGUUGCCUGUGUUUCUGCUCCUGGCCCUGGCCAUCCUCCUGUCUGCCUGGCACUGUGGACUCUGCUCAAGGAGAAAGAAGGAUACAGGCUCUGACAGAGUGGCCCAAGACACAGAGACACCCCUGGUAUAGGACCAGCAGAGGAAAGACACACUGCCAGGCACAUGACACAAUUUCUUCCCAGCCCUGGAGACACACCAGAGAAUCCCAGUGGAUGGAUGCCCCCUAAGAACAUGCAAAUGAGGGACCAGGUGAUGGCACAUCUGGUUAAGCAUACAUGUUACAGUGCACAAAGACCUGGGUUCAAGCCCCUGGUCCCCACUUAUAGGGGAAAAGCUUUGCGAGUGGUGAAGCAGUGCUGCAGGUGUUUCUCUGUCUCUCUCCCUAUCACCCCCUUCCCUCUUGAUUUCUGGUUGUAUCUUUCCAAUAAAUAAAUAAAGAUAAUUUUUAAAAACUAUUUUUAAAAAGAACAUGCAAAUGAUAGAAGCAGUGUUCAAGAAUUGGGGCCAGAACCAGGGAAGGGGGUGGGUCAUUACCACACAAAGGCACAUGACUGGCAGUAGGAGGAAGACCACCAGCUGUGUCUCUGAGGAUGGCAGGAAUCAGGAGGUCUCUGAGGCUCCUCAUGGGUCUGCAUCACGGUCCCAAGGCCCAUCCAAAUGUCACAAGACAGUUGUUAACAGCAGGCAUUAUGGGAAUUAAAUUUUAUUACUUCACAGUUAAAUCAAUGAUAUGAAUCGGAGAAGGUGCUCAGACUCACCACACCCUAAUUAAUCUCCAGUUUACAGGUGUCCUCCCCAGCACGGCUGUUCCACCCACCCCAACACUCAACAGAGUCAUUGGGGGAAAUGGAAAAAGACCCAAGAGAUCACCAAGCAAAGUCUCCUAGCAGAAACUUUCCUUCUUCCUUACCUGGGUGUGACAAUGACUUCAACCCAGAAUUUAACAUUUCCCUGCUGAAUCACCUUAACUGGAAAUGAUUUCCAGAGUCUCUACAACCUCUCCUGCUAUUUAACAAGCUUCUCCAGUGAGCUUCCUGCAAGCCUCCUGCUCAUCCUUGCAUGGAGGUCAUGUCUACAUGGCUGCCUGAUUCUGAAUAGGGACAAUGAUGUCACUGGUACACCUAUGCAGCUGGUUGCCAUGGUCCCUCUCUGUCCUGCAGGAGGCUCUUCCUCAGACUGGGAUCUCCCAGGCCUCUUUCCUCCUGCAAAAGGAAUUAAAAAGUGAGUUGCAGCUGGAAGUGUGUUCAAGAACAAGUUCACAGGCAAAGGGAAGGCAGGUGCUCCUGCAGAUGUCAGCCCUCACCCCCACCCACACAGUCACCAGCCAUGACACCCUAAGCAAAUACCCAGGCUGUCAGAAAGGGCCUUGGUGAUGCACAAGGUUUGGGCUUCCCCACUUCAGUAACUGGAAUCCAGAUACUUCUGUACACAUACACACUAAUAUGGAAACAGGUGCUUUAGGAAGGUUGGCUUCUCCUCCAAGAGUGAGACACAUAAAAGAGGCUGGGUGGGGGGCUGGGUGGUGGCACACGUGGUUGAGCACUCACAUUACAGUGCACAAGGACCUGGGUUAAAGUCCUCAGUCUCCACCUGCAGGGGAAAGCUUCAGGGGUGGUGAAGCAGGGAUGCAGGUGUUUUUCUUUCUCUCUUCCUUUCUAUCUCUCCCCACCCCUUUCAGCGACUGCCUCUCUCAAGUAAAUAAAGAUAAUAAAAAUAUUUUUAAAAGAGGCUGGGCUCUCAGUAUCUAGGGCAUGAUCAAGGACCCAGGCACAGGAGCAGCUCACAGGUGCCCAACCAGUGUGUGUGUGUGUGUGUGUGUGUGUGUGUGUGUGUACAACCGUCACCAGAGGCAGAGGAGUCUAGGGAGGCUGGAGAGUGGACACCCUCCCUGCAACUGGGAAGCAAAGGAGGUGUUGGGGAACAAAACAAAAUGGUUAAGAUUUCUCUCUCUCUCGCUCUCGCUCUCUUCCCCUCUCUUUCUCUCCAUCACUGGGGAUUCACUACUGAAAUGUAGAUUGUGCCUAUGACAAAGAAAAUGCACAGUCCAAGUGAGGAUCUUGUCUGUCUAGACAGAAGUUUCUGGAAUGGGCGUUUGGGAUGGUAGAAGCAACCCCUUCAGGAAAAAGUUGGGAGAUUCCCAGAAUAUCCCAGAAUGCUGUGGGAGAAAUUCAAGAGUCAAGGAAACAGUCCCAUGGGCUAGCAUCACACAAGGCUGCAUCUGAAUCCCAAGUAUCACCCGGUGGUUUGGGAGGGAGUGCCUAGCCCCUCGGGGCCUGGCUUCACAAAGAGGGGGAGGGGUGAGCAGGACGUCACAGGACUCCUGGCAGAGUAACUUUAUUAUUCUGGCACUUAGGUCUCCAACCCAGAGCUGGCUGGAGCUCUGUGCACAGCAGUUGAAAAGGAGUGCACGGUGUGUGUGUGUGUGGGGGGGGGGUGUCUAAAAAGAAGGUGGAGAAAGACAGUGAGAGAGGUGUUGUUUUCCAGAACAGAAAAGGGGUUCCAGGACUUCAGAUCCACCCAAAGGGGUUACCCUGGGAAGGGGUCGAGCUGGGCGGGUCGUAGGAGAGGAUGUGGAACUCCAGGGUACCCCGG